GCUUCCAAACAGACUUCCCAUUGAGAGAGGGCAGGGGCGUUUUUUGGGGGUUGGGGGGGAGCUCUCUCACCUCGGACCCAGCGUGGAGUGCCGACUUUUGAGCGCAGAGUUUCACUCCGACAGGACAGACAGCGGGGAGCUGAGCGGAGACCGGACGCCUACUUUACGUUUCCGAACCACGUUUUUUACACGUCUGCUUUCCUCCGUCGCGCGGGUGACGGGCAGGAUCCAGAUGUGAAGAGGCGCGAGGUGCGAAUCUGGAGGAGACGGAACGGCGAGUGGAGGAGGAGCGCGCGCCGCCGCAGGCUCACCUGUCGCGCAGGUAAAUGGUCACGUGGACGGCGGCGGCAGGGCGCUGGCGAGGGAGCGCUGGACAUGUCUCUCUGGACCAUCCUGCCCGUGAGCCUCCCCGUGCUCACCAUCACCGGCAUGUGGGUCGUAUAUGCCAUGGCACUGUACAACCAGCACGUCUGCCCUGUGGACAACUGGGUGUAUAACCUGUCCUGCAAAGAGGACCUGUCUCUUCAGAGUGGCCCGGUGUUGUGCUGCACACUGGAAAAUGUACCUCUCAUCAGCAAGUGCGGGAGCCUGCCACCCGAGAGCUGCUUCUUCAGCCUCAUCUGCAGCACGAGCUCCUUCAUGGUCAUGCUGAUUGGCCUGUUGCGCUACGCUCACGUCAUUGAGAAACACCAGAACUGCGUCCUCAACACGGCAGCCCUCUCCAUGGGGUGGAUCUGCGCCGCCGGCCUCAUCAUGGUGGGAAACUUUCAGGUGGAUUAUGCCAAGGUCCUGCACUACGUGGGCGCCGGGGUGGCAUUCCCCACCAGCAUGCUCUUCGUGUGCCUCCAGGCUGCACUGACAUACCGCCUUGCCAAAACCCAGAGCGAGUAUGGAAUGGCACACCUGCGUCUGGGCCUGACCUUGUUGGCCUUCAUCUCACUGGUGCUCAGUGGUGUGUUCUUUAUGCAGGAGAGCUUUGAGCUGCAGCACGCCUCAGCCAUCUUCGAGUGGCUCUUCGCUGUCAUCAUAAUGCUCUUCUACGGUACAUUUGCCUUUGAGUUUGGGGACGUGUCCAGCGACACCCUUAUGGUGCUGGUCCAGGGCGGUGCUGCUCGUAGCCUCUCCCGAUCCGAGUGGAAAAUGGAGGAUGCGGGGGGACAGAGUCAUCCCCAGCAUGAAGCUGAGAGCUUGUCUAUGCUAUAGUCCAACAUGGGUUGCCCUGGCAACCUCGCGAUGCUGAAAUUUUAAGUGGGACGUCAGGAGGAAUAACAGGAACCACUUCCUCUAUCGGGGGCCAUAGAGGGCCCAGCUUGAAAUUUGCACAAUGCCAAGACACCAAAGUUUUCAAACCAAAGAUGAUGUCACCCGGUCAGCGUUGAGUUGUCAUCCGAGCACAGCCAAGUGAACUAACGCAAAGCAUGAUGGGAACAGCGUCAUACAGAUGUGGCGACUUCCUGUUCUAGAGGGUAAAUCAGGACGAGCCAUGAUCUGUCAAACAACCUUCUGUUUAUAUUUUCUCAUAUUUGUACAGACAGAAAUAGCCAAACGAAAGCCCACACACACGCAGGAAAUAGUCCAAGCAAAGCUUACAAAAGGCUCACACACUCACACAGCUGCUGGAACUACACUGCCAGGACAGGCCUAAAGCACUUCUCGUUUGGACAGCGGACUCGCCAUUGUUUCCUCUGUGAGGCAUCAUGGGUAAGCGGGCAUUUCACAGACUGUUCUCCCUUGGUGAUUCACGGAGGGGCUAAAACAUCUGCUUGCUGAUGUCAGAGAUGACGUUCGUCUCUGCGUCCUUUGGUAUGGCUCACAGCCGGACACGCAAACUUGGUUUCUUUGCCUUCGCUCCCAUAUUUUCUUGCAAAAUUGAAGAAAAAAAAAAAUUACGCGCUGCUUUUCUAAAGAUGGGGAAAAAAAAAAUCUAUGGAAAACCUGAAAGUAUUUUUCACUGCAUCCAGUAUUUGCAACAAUUUUUUUUAGCAGUAAAGGAAUGAAAAUAUGCGUCCUCUGUUUUGGUCCGUGGGCCUUUUCCCAACUCCGACGGCGGCUUUUCCUGAUGUUUGUGCAAAACCUAAGAACUCAUCCAAAUGGAAAAUGGUGCUGAACUGCUGCCACGGCCUCCGUUCUCAAGGGCUUCUUUCUUCUCGCUGCAGUGUUUCCAAAGAUUUGACACUCAAAACCACGCAACUGAAAAAACCACAUUGCUGUCAUGAGGCUGGCCAAAAUACAACUUUGUAUCACACAGUCUCAGUGUGGAAAUUUAAUAAUUGCCUUUUUAUUUCAUCAUUUUUUUUUUUUUUAAUGGACCAUAUAUAAUAAAUUAUCAGAAAAAUAUUUGUUGUAAUUAAAGCCUGACCCCUGUUGGUCACAAGUGGAAAACUCACCAUAAUUGUGGCCUGUUGUAGCGCCUGUGUAAUUCUAUGUGAAAAAGUGAGAACUUGCAGAGUCCCAGUAAUCCUUGUUUUUUUCUUACAGUGUAAGAUUUCGGCAGGAUAUACCCAAUGUUUUCUGAUGAUGAAACAUCAAAGAAAAUGGUUUUUUUGUCUUAUAAAAAAAUGUGUUAGUGGACCAAUAGCAGAAGUGUCAUAUGCAGAAUAUCACCUUCAUCAUCAUUUUCAUCUACGGAAACAACCACAGCCCGUUUACUUGUGUGUGUUGUUAAUGCUGACCGAUUCUUCACCUCUUUGCCUUUGCAACUUCUCAGGAAAAUCCCUUACAGCCUCUUACCAGCUUAUAGUUGGGACUUCAAAGGAAUUUUUUUUGGUUUCUUUUUUCCUUUAAGAAAGUGACAAAGGACCAAUUGUUUCUGUAUGUGUAGAUCAGUUUGUGUAUUUUACUGCCAUGUAAGCGAGGUGUGAGUAUUUGUUAUGUAACUGAACCGUUAAAGGUGGUCAUGGGAGUGUGCUCCAUGGUUCCCCCCCACUGUCUUUGGAGGAAUGACAUCCAGCUUCAUACAUCACUCAAUAAACACUUUCGGGUGACAAAAGUGAUUAAUAUCUUCUUUUGAUCAGGCACUGAAAAACUAAACUUCUACACCUCACCUUGGGAUAGUCUCAAACUGUUACUGCUGCCAGUAAAACUGAAAUCUGACCGUAGUCAGUCAUCCAUGGUGGGAACUUUCAGUAAAUCCACCUGAGGGUCAUCUGAGGUACCACAAUAAAAAGCAAGCCUUAAAAAAAACGCAAAUUUACUUUAAGAUUUCACAAAGGCCAAAAUCGGGAGUUAUUCAAGGUUUGUUCCAAACUACCCAGAAUGCACCUCUUUAAGCCACUCAGUCAGAGCCUGAUCAGGUUAGAGUCUCAUGAAGCUGAAGGGGUCGAUUCUGGGAUCCUAAACCGCUAAAAAGAGGAGUCAAGUCAGCUCGGCGUUCAUUUGAUCCUGUGUGAUUUCUGUUGUUUAUUGUCUUAUGUGUUCACACACGUAUGUCAUAUGCAG